AUGGAGGCGCUACGAAAGAUCUCAGUUCUUUUAAUCCUAGUGUCCGCACUACACGUCUCAACCUCCCACAUGAUGAUGGAUCCCAGAACAUCCCUCCACAUACCAGAGAAGAUUCUCGGUGUCAUCGACAUCGUCCACAACCACAAGAAGCCAGUUCAGCCAGUCCAGCAAGGUCAGCAAUACCAGCCACAACAGAACCAGCCAUACCCACCCCAGUACCCACAGUACUACCAGCCAGGAAACUACCAAGGACAAGCACAGUACCAAGGGCAAUACCAAGGACAACAAGGUCAGCAACAAGCCCAAGUUCAAGGGCAAAAUCAAGGACAGUACUACCCUGCACCCACACAAACGUACCCUCAAAACAACGCUCCAGUCUACCCUCAGCCUCAACCCACUUACCCUCAAUAUCCAGUCCAAAAUGGACAGAGUCAGGCACAAGGGCAGUAUCAGUAUCAAAACGGGUAUCAGAAUCAGCAAGGUCAAUAUCAAGGGCAAAAUCAGCAAGGGCAGUAUCAAGGGCAAGCGCAAACUGGAUUCCAGAAUGGUAACCAGUAUCCACAAGCUGGGCAGUUCCAAGGGCAAACUCAAGGGCAAGUUACAGGGCAAUAUACAGGUCAAGAAGUGAGUAAUGGACAGUUUCAAGCAGUGCAAAGUACAGGCGGUCAGACUACUGGUUUCCAGGUGACAGGAGGUCAGACUGGGAACCAGGGGCCCGCGUGUGUGUGCCAGGCCUGGACCAAGCCUAAUGCUACGAAGGGGGAGGUUGCACCUUUGGAGAAAACUGAGAACAUUGAAGUAAACGAAGUGCCUGUUAGAAUGUAA